AUGGGCUCCACACCACGCACGAGCUGCGACGGCUCGGACGACGGCGAUGAGGAUCUUCCUGCGUGUCCGUCGGCGCUUCUGCACGUACGCCCCGCGCGCGUGGUGGCCGAUGUGGACGAGGAGAUCUUUCUGCUCUACACGCUCCACGCCAAGGCCGAGCACGACGGCGGGCUGGGCUACGUCAACCACUCGGCGGACCGCAUCUACGUCGCCAUCGAUGGCCAGCGCUGGAAAUCGGCGCUCAGUGCGCGCAAUUUGUCGGGCGCCAUCGUGGUGCAUCAGGACGUGACGAGCCUGCGCUCGACCAAGGGCAAUACGGGUAGUGUGCUCUGGCGCUCCACGGUCGAAUUGGCGAUUCGCUUUCGCACCGGGGCGCUCUUCGACCUCGCAGCGCUCAGGGACGCGAGUGUGCUCGAGCUGGGUGCGGGGACGGGCGCAUUGCCUGCUUUGGUCGGACCGGUAUGCAAGACGUGGUUGGCGACGGACCAGCACGAUCUGGUGGCGCUAUUGGACAAGAAUACAGACGCCCUACCCGGGGUGCAUACGGCUGCACUCGACUGGUUCGAUUUCCACAACCCACCUUCCUCGCAUACGCUCCAGAUCCGCAAGAGCGACAUCUUGAAUCGACUGCACUCCACCAACAACGCCGGUGACGCCGUGGUCGACUUGAUCAUCUGUUGCGAUUGCAUCUACAACCCCGCGCUCUUUCCGGCGUUGGUCGCAACGAUCAAUGCUUUUACUACGCCCAACCAUACGCUCGUGCUCGUCGCGUGCGAGAUGCGCAGCCACCACUCGCUCGCCGACUUUCUGCACGAGUGGCAAGCCUCCGAUGCCGCCUGGACGAUCCUCAGCCUCGAGAAGCGCUUCGACAAGGGAUUCGUCACGCUCGCGGCGUGGAAGUCCUAG